AUGCAUACGAUCUGGACGCGAGCGAAUGCUGUAUUCGCAUUCAUGCUUUCUGUGUUGUCAACUAUGACAUUUUGUGUUUUUGUCUCCACCGUAUGGUUGCCGAAUUCUGCGCCAGUUGUUUUAUCUGCUAAUAAUAUACGGGUGAAAAGUUUCAAAGACUAUGCGUCCGACAAUAUGCAAAGUGAUGUAGCGAUGGUAGAACUGAAUAUUCAGGUUGAUGUAACUUCAGUUUUUAACUGGAAUGUCAAGCAAGUUUUUCUCUAUUUGGUGGCAGAAUACAGUACAUCAACGGCACCAGUAAAUCAGGUUGUACUCUGGGAUAAGAUUAUUAGACGCGGCGAAUGGUCGACAGUUCACGAGGAGGGUGUAACACCAAAAUACUACUUCAUGGAUGAUGGUACCAAUCUAUUAAACCACAAAAAUGUUACUCUUGUAUUAAGAUGGAAUGUAGUCCCUAAUGCAGGUUAUCUUGCACUAGCACAGGGCGAAGGACAACAACGGAUAGAAUUUCCAUCCAAGUAUUAUAGUGGUCGAUUCUAG